UCUCCUAUAGUCUGAAGGAAAACAUUUGAGUUUCGACGUAAACAAAAAGAAAGAAAAUAUCGGCAAAAUGAUGACCCAGGUGGAGACCACGGUGCACUAUGAUAACGGCUACGAGGAUGAGUAUAUGAUGCAGGAGGAAGAGUGGGACAGGGACAUGUUACUAGACCCUGCCUGGGAACAACAACAGAGGAAAACCUUCACAGCUUGGUGUAACUCCCACCUGAGGAAAGCUGGUGUUCAAAUUGAAAACAUUGAGGAGGACUUCAGGAAUGGACUCAAACUCAUGCUGCUGCUGGAAGUUAUCUCAGGAGAGAGGUUACCCAAGCCAGAUAGAGGGAAGAUGCGGUUUCAUAAGAUCGCAAAUGUUAACAAAGCUUUGGACUUCAUCACAAGUAAAGGAGUCAAACUGGUUUCAAUAGGAGCCGAAGAGAUUGUGGAUGGGAAUGUAAAGAUGACUCUUGGAAUGAUUUGGACUAUAAUCCUCCGCUUCGCCAUUCAGGACAUAUCUGUGGAAGAAACAUCUGCCAAGGAAGGGCUUCUACUGUGGUGUCAAAGAAAGACUGCCCCCUACAGGAAUGUUAAUGUCCAAAACUUCCAUGUCAGCUGGAAGGAUGGCCUGGCCUUCUGCGCCCUGAUUCACAGACACAGACCCGACCUCCUCGACUACUCUAAGCUCAACAAGGAUGAUCCUCUGGGGAACUUGAACCUGGCUUUUGACAUAGCAGAAAAACACCUGGACAUUCCAAAAAUGCUGGAUGCAGAGGAUAUCAUCAACACCCCCAAGCCCGAUGAGAGAGCCAUCAUGACCUAUGUGUCCUGCUUUUACCAUGCUUUUGCUGGAGCUGAGCAGGCGGAGACUGCUGCCAACAGGAUCUGUAAGGUGCUUGGAGUAAACCAAGAGAAUGAGAAACUGAUGGAGGAAUAUGAGAGACUGGCCAGUGAGCUGCUGGAGUGGAUCCGCCGCACCACUCCCUGGCUGGAGAAUCGGACCCCAGAGAAGACCAUGGCAGAGAUGCAACGGAAGCUGGAGGACUUCAGGGACUACAGACGCCAGCACAAGCCCCCGAAAGUGCAGGAGAAGUGCCAGCUGGAAAUUAACUUCAACACCAUUCAGACCAAGUUGCGCAUCAGCAAUCGGCCUGCCUUUAUGCCCUCUGAGGGGAAGAUGGUAUCUGACAUAGCCAGUGCAUGGCAGGGUCUGGAGCAGGCAGAGAAAGGGUUCGAGGAAUGGCUUCUUACAGAGAUCCGUAGGCUUGAGAGGGUGGACCACCUUGCAGAAAAGUUUCGCCAAAAAGCAACUAAUCAUGAGAACUGGGCCAGCGGUAAAGAGCUGUUCCUUUCCCAGAAGGACUACGAAACAGCCACACUGACAGAAAUCAGAGCACUGCUUCGAAAACACGAGGCCUUUGAGAGUGACUUGGCAGCCCACCAGGACAGAGUGGAGCAGAUUGCUGCCAUUGCACAGGAACUAAAUGAGUUGGACUACCAUGAUGUUGCUGCUGUUAACCAGCGCUGCCAAAGCAUCUGUGACUUAUGGGACAAGCUGGGAACCCUGACUCAGAAGAGAAGAGAGGCACUGGAGCGCACAGAGAAACUGCUGGAAACCAUUGAUCAGCUGUUCCUAGAAUUUGCUAAGAGGUCUGCUCCUUUCAACAACUGGAUGGAAGGAGCGAUGGAGGAUCUGCAGGACAUGUUUAUAGUGCAUACUAUUGAAGAGGUUCAGAGUCUAAUCGCAGCUCAUGAGCAGUUCAAAGCUACUCUUCCCGAGGCAGAUUCAGAGAGACAGGCCAUCUUGGGAAUCCACAAUGAGGUGCAGAAAAUUUCACAGAGCUAUGGGAUCAAGGCCAGCUUUAUCAACCCUUACAGCACUAUCACAACUGAAGAGCUUCUCAACAAGUGGGAAAAGGUGAAAAAGCUGGUUCCUCAGAGAGAUAGUGCCCUCCAGGAGGAGAUGGCACGCCAGCAUGCCAACGAAAGGCUGAGACGGCAGUUUGCUGCCCAGGCUAAUCUGAUUGGGCCCUGGAUACAGACCAGGAUGGAGGAAAUAGGGCGUUGCUCCCUGGAGAUAGGCGGCACCUUGGAGGACCAGAUGACCCAGCUGAAGCAAAUCGAGCAUGUCAUAGUUGCUUAUAAACCCAAUAUUGACAAGUUAGAGGGAGACCACCAGCUAAUCCAGGAGUCACUUGUGUUUGAUAACAAACACACCAACUACACCAUGGAGCACAUCCGUGUUGGGUGGGAGCUGCUCCUCACAACCAUCGCCCGAACUAUCAAUGAGAUUGAGACCCAGAUCCUGACCCGGGACGCUAAGGGCAUCAGUCAGCAGCAGAUGAAUGAGUUCAGAUCGUCUUUCAACCACUUUGACAGGAAGAAGAAUGGAGCAAUGGAAACAGAUGACUUCAGAGCCUGCCUCAUCUCCAUGGGAUAUGACUUGGGAGAGGUGGAGUUUGCUCGCAUAAUGAUGCUGGUAGACCCCAAUGCUACGGGAAUCGUUUCCUUCCAGUCUUUUAUCGACUUUAUGACCAGAGAGACUGCUGAUACAGACACUGCCGAGCAGGUUGUGGCAUCCUUCCGGAUCCUGGCUGCUGAUAAGCCUUAUAUACUUGUAGAGGAGCUCAGGAGAGAACUUCCCCCUGAACAAGCAGAGUAUUGCAUCAUGAGGAUGCCACCCUACGCUGGUCAUGGAGCACCACCCGGGGCACUGGACUACACUGCCUUCUCCACUGCCCUCUAUGGAGAGAGCGAUCUUUAACCUGACCAGAAAACCUU